UUUUUUCGAAGAAAGAGUUGUGCUCGUGAGCGAUGGCAGACAGCCGGUCUCUGCCGAAAGAGUUCCUCGCUCCCAUCGAGCCCUUGCGCAAAGGGAAUUUGAUGUGGAAAAUUCGCGGGCCGCGUAAGUGGUUUCGGCGUCGGUACCAUGUGGUUCCCGAAAACAUGACUCUCGUAUACGAUCCGUCCAUGAAACUUUUUGCGUCAGACUCCAGUAGAAGACUUCCAUUGGCGUCCAUCAGUGAAAUACGAAAAGGAUGGAAAACGGACGUAUUCAACAAGUUGAUAUCUGAACAGCGUGUACCAGAAGACGAUGAGCGGCGUUGCUUUUCAAUCAUGUACAAAAAUAACGCCAAAAGCCUCGAUUUGAUGGCCACGAAUGAACAAAUACGUGACGCGUGGGUGAGGGGUUUACAGCUAAUCGUUGACCAGGCGAAAGGGCUAUCAAGGGAGGAUACCUAUUUGAAGUGGCUAGAGAACCAGUUUUUUGCAGCUGACAAGAACGAGUCUGAAAGCUUGUCUUUCGACGAAGUUCUCGCACUGUUGAAGAACAUGAACAUUGAAUUGGAUAAACGUCAAGCAAAGAAGCUUUUUAUGGAUGCAAAUCUGAACAAGUCGAAGGUAGAAAAUGGUAAUGUUUUGGACAGUGACGAGUUCAUCGCAUUCUUUCGCCUGUUGGAAUCAAAUCGCCUGGAAGUAGAGGAAGUUUUCAAGAAAUAUACAAGGGAAGUGGGUGACCAGGAAUUGACGACCAAAAGUUUGGGAGAAUUUUUUGCCAACGAGCAAGGUAUAGAUCUGAUAGAAGAACAAGCAAAAUCUCUCGUCGCUGCCUAUGAAAAAUCGGGGCUUGGUGACCGUGGUUUGCUGUCAAAAAAUGGAUUCCGGUUGCUAUUGCUCUCUGAUGAGAUGUCGAUUUUCAGCAAAGAUCACGCGAGUGUUCAUCAUGACAUGUCACAGCCGUUGUCGCACUAUUUCAUCUCAUCGUCGCACAACACAUAUUUAACUUCACAUCAAUUGGCUGGAGCAAGUAGCGUCGAAGGUUACAUAUAUGCUUUGCGCCAAGGUUGUCGCUGUGUCGAAUUGGACUGUUGGGAUGGAAGCGACGGUGAACCCAUUAUUUACCAUGGACACACACUGACGACUAGGAUUUUGUUUAAAGACGUUAUCCAGGACGCGAUCAAAUUGUAUGCUUUUGCCGUCACGCCAUACCCUUUGAUACUCUCGCUUGAAGUUCAUUGCAGUGCUGAGCAGCAGACAAAAAUGGCUCAAUACUUGAAGAAAAUUUUAGGCGCGCAACUGUACUGUGAACCGGUUGAUGAAAACAUGGCAAUGUUGCCGUCGCCUGCUGAUCUGAUGAACAAAAUCGUCGUCAAGGCCAAAAAAUCUACUGCUGAAGGAAGUGCCGAAGAAUUGUAUGACGUCGACCGCCCAGAUUUUGCUACGAAUGAUGAAAAUGGGGACUACGCUGUUGUAACUGAAAAUUUAUCUACCAAAUUGUCGGAUUUGGUGAACCUUUGCCAAGCAGUUAAAUUUCAAGGCUUCCAAAAACCAGGAAAACCGUUCCAAAUGUCUUCGUUCAGUGAGUCGAAAGCUGAUGAUUUCAUCGCAAACAAUAUGGCCGACUUCGUAGAAUAUAAUCGGAGGCAAUUGAGCAGAAUUUAUCCCGGAGCCCUUCGAACUGACUCGUCCAAUUUUAAUCCCGUGAGCUAUUGGAGCGCGGGUUGUCAGAUCGUGGCGCUGAAUUUUCAAACGGAAGGAAAACCUAUGCUGCUGAACAGGGGAAAGUUCAGGGACAAUGGUGGUUGUGGUUACGUUUUGAAACCGAGUUACAUGAGGAAAAAAGGCUACUCGCCAGGGGAUGAAUUUCGCAGAUCUAGCGAAUCUGCAGGUUGGCGCACUGGUGGAGCAGGACCAGCGGGAAAAUGCCUUUUGAAGCUGCGUAUCAUUAGUGGACACUGUCUGCCGAGACCAGAUGGUUCGAUGAAAGGAGAAGUGGUCGAUCCCUAUGUCAACGUUCAUGUGGUUGGCGUUGAAGAAGAUCUAAAGAAAGUGCAAACCCAAGUUGUCCGCAAUAAUGGGUUCAAUCCUCUGUGGAACGAGGUGUUCGAAUUCGUCAUUAAAGUACCGGACCAAGCCCUGCUAGUUUUCCUUGUCAAAGACGAAAGCACUUCGGGAAAAAAUCAACUGAUUGGCUCUUAUGCGGUUCCCUUGAUGGCCGUGGGAAAAGUUGGCAUGGGAUCCUUGGGUGGCACUGAGCAAAACCUGAAGGUUGUUCCUCAUUCGGUGCAGGACUAUGAAGGACGGGAAAAGCCUUUUAAUCCUCCGGUUUAUCUACAGAGAUACAGCGCCGUGCUGAACAUUAUUAAGCAGUGUUCACGUCCAGGUCCUCUAAAGGUCGUGGAUUUCGGAUCUGCAGAAAUGAGUUUUGUGGAGUACGUCAAGUCAAUUCAAAAUGUUGGAGAAAUUCUGUGCGUCGACAUGGAUCGACAGCUUUUAAAAGACAUGAAAAGUCAAGCUGCUCCGAAUUACACGGAUGAUUACUCGUCUCGCGCACAACCGCUUCGCACCAGAGUCAUGUGUGGCUCAGUUGUUGACUGGGACGAAUCGCUGCGAGACGUCGAUGUUGUGACAGCCAUAGAACUCAUUGAGCAUUUGCACGAAGAUGCGCUAGAGAAGUUUCCCUCCGCUGUAUUUGGGAAAGUUCGACCGUGGCUCUGCGUUAUAUCAACUCCGAACUCGGAUUUUAACGUGUUGUUUCGGGACUUCAAAGGUUUCCGGCACUGGGAUCAUAAGUUCGAGUGGUCACGUGAAGAGUUCCAGAUGUGGUGUAAUCAAUGUUGUGAAAACUUCGGCUAUACGUGUACCUUCACCGGGGUUGGAGACCCGACGCGCCUGGACGGAAAUCUGGAAAGUCAUGGUUAUUGUUCGCAAAUUGCUACUUUUAAGCGUUCGGAAUCCGGCUACCCGGCCACGUGCAGUAUUCCUGAUGCUGAAAAUAACUACGAGCUCAUUGCGGAGUACUUUUUUGCGGCUCGACAAAAAACCGUGGAGGAGCAAUUGGUGGAUGCUAUAGUCGACUCGGCACGAAAUAUUGCGAUGGGUUAUCCCUUGUAUGACGAAAACGUUACCCUCUACGUGCACAUAUCGAAGGCUGUGAAGCAUUUACGAUGUCCUCAAAAUAUCCGUGCGGCGACGGAAUCUUAUGAUCUUCAGAAUCUCUUGGAGUCGCAUGAAGUCAAGAUAGUGAGUGAUCCACCGUCGAAAGCUCAUGUUAUAUCUUCGUUUUUCGCCCCGAAAUGUUACGGAGACUUUUACAUUGCUGUAUCCAAACCGAGUUCGGUUGAAGACGUACAUGAGCCGACUUCGCCAAUUCCUCAAAGUGCCGAUGAUGGUGUGGAAACUGACAGUAGAACUCCGCCUGCGAAUGAAGAAAGUUGCGGUUCUGGUGGAACAAACGAGACACCAUCGGGGUGGAGCUCACCAGUGUCUUGUACCACGUGUGCACCGUUUGCGGGAACCACUUUUAUGUCAGAUCUUGGGCUACCGAAUUUUCCGCCUCCAUAUCGACCGCAAAUGUUCAUGCCUUUCUAUCAGCAAUUUUAUCCCGACUUGAGUUUGAGAUACCCUGUUCCGGGCUAUAAUCCGUUGCUGAUGAACGGACAACCGCUUUUCCAGCCAACAGUUCACUUGGUUCCCAAAUUCGGUGCAUGUGAUGGUCGCUACCUGAAACCCUCUCACGUGAUCUUGGUUCCGAUGCAAGCGGUGAACAAGUAUCCUUUCGGUGGAGCUCCGCCGUCCAAUUUUAAGCGUAAAUUUCGUGGCAAUUAUUCUAAAUAAUUUAUAGCAUGAUUUUUGCAACCUCGUUUUACGGGUGAAGCUAUCGGUUGAUCGUAUUUUGAAAAUGUUCAGUUCGUUCGCAUUGCCUUUCAUCGUUUUGCACCUUUUUUCAAUGAGUUGAACGCGUAGAAAAAGUUACGAAUCUUAGGCAUGCAAUGGUUUUCCUCUGGGCAUCGAAUGCAAUGGGAUUGAUUUUUAUUUUUAUCUGUUUUUGGGGCGACUUUUUUUGUUUUGUGUUUUCGGGAGAGAUGAAUGUUUUUUUUAUGCACUUGAUUGUGUCUUUCUAAUUACAUGCGGAGAAAAUGACUAAAUCUCAAAGGGCUCCUUGAAAAAUGUUUUUCAGUGCUUUUUCGGAUAACUCCAAAUCAUGUAUCUCUUGAAGGCGUGUCUUGUGCCCGAACUCAGUGACAUUAAUGAAUGGUGCUUGAUUUUCUUGUGCUGAUUUUUUUGGUCUAACAGAUGCUUUCUGUGCGCUGUCACAUGUGCUGAAAAGAUAUUUGAUCUCUUAAAUUUUUUUGUGGUACAAAAUUCUCUGAGGAUAUUCAUUUAGUCUUCCUGAGAAAGUGUUUGUACUUCAUUCGUAUCGUUAGAAUUGGUUACUUACGGAACCUUGCCAUGACGCAGUGACUUAAAAAUAUCGUCUUUGCGCGUUUUUUUAUUUUUAUUUUUUUUUUUACGACGUACCAAACUUACUGAUGCGAUUCGUAUGAAUUAACCUCGUUGGCUAUCUGCGAUAUUUACGAGCAAUAUAUCGGGCUAAUAUUUCUUGAGUGAGUAUCGAGUGCUGGGGUGUUUUUGUGGGAGAACGGAAAGAAAGUACCGUUUCGAUUGUUCGGGUCUCAUUGUACUUGCUGAUCAUGCUUCAGCGUUCCGUUCUUGGUCAUCACGGAUUUGUUUGCUGGAACACGAACGGCGGGUGAGAGAUUCAGUUCUUGAGUGCUGCUGUGAUGAGCCAUAAACCAGUUGCUAUGUUACCUCAGA